AGCGCUAAUGAAGCUGUGAUUAUCCUCAUUAAAUGCUGAGAAACAGGUGACACUAUGUUUGCUUUUGCCUGACAGAACUUGCAGGAGGUCACUGCUGAAUAUGCAGGACUUAGCAGGGCCUGAUAUGCACAGGAAAUCCCUGAUCUUCAGCGGCUUUGCCCUCUUAUGGGGCUUGCUAUUUGGAAUAUUUUUCACAAGUGUACCAGUGGUAGCUUGUCCCACAAGCUGUCAUUGCGUGGAGAAGAAUGGCUUAACCGUGGUCCAGUGUAUGUCUCGUAACCUGGAGAAGAUCCCUGCGGAUCUUCCAAGAGAUACUGUUAUCCUGCUUUUGGCGUCCAACCACAUCACCCACAUCCCCCAUCAUGCCUUCAAGGAACUACACUACCUUCAGGAGCUGGAUCUGUCUAACAAUGACAUAAAGACCGUGGACGCUGGAGCAUUUCAGGGUGUUUUUGACAGCCUCCUUGUACUGGAUUUAUCAAACAAUCACAUCAAAAGUGUCCCCAAAGAGGCAUUUGCCCGCCUACGAGCAAAAAUCAGCCUCUCGAACAACCCGUGGCACUGUGAGUGCACGCUGCAGGAGGUGCUGAGGGAGCUGCAGCUGGACCCGGAGACGGUGAACGAGGUGAUGUGCCACACGGCCGUGAAGGAGGAAUAUGCCGGCAAACCACUAAUCCAGGUGCUGGACUCAGGGAUCAACUUCUGCAACUUUCACCACAAGACAACUGAUGUAGCCAUGUUUGUGACCAUGUUCGGGUGGUUCACGAUGGUGAUCGCGUACGUCAUCUAUUACGUGAGGCACAAUCAGGAGGAUGCCAGGAGGCACCUGGAGUACCUCAAGUCACUGCCAAGCAGCUCACAGAUCAGCAAGGACUUUGACACCAUCAGCACGGUUCUCUAACAGGCCUGGUGACUCAGGAGGUGUAGUGUGUGUGUGUGUGUGUGUGAGUAAAUGUUUGGUUAUGUUUAGAAUGACUAAAAAGCUGUUGCAACACAUCAUCGCUUAUGUUUUCAAGCACAUCAUAAUCAUUGGGUGUCUAUAAUAGAAAAUACUGAGCUGCCCAUAAAUGAUGUAUUUUACAUUAUGCCCAAACAUUUGCUUUGGUUUUUAUGUAAUAUACGUGAAUUGUUAAAGCCCCCAACCAAACAAGGCAGCAAUAAGAGCACAAAGUGAGCAAAAUGCUGCUGAAAGUCACAAAUACACAAGGAGUAAUAGAUCCAGAGUGGAGAGAUGAAUGAUCCUUCCCUGGUGUCGAUCCGCCAUGUGAUUGAAUUUGGACUGAGACGAAUGAGGAGGACUACAGUGUCUCCCAGUUACUUUGUAUCGACUGAUGUAUGUUCUUUGUGUCAUUCUGUCAAGGUGAAGGCUAUUUUUUGAGACUCCUGCUAAUAUAUGAACACGAUCAAGAUGUUAAAAUUGAGUAUGCAUUGCACAUGCAUAACGGUGUUCUGACAAAACAUGCUACUUUGGCAAAAUGUCCUACUGUAAGUAGUUUAUGCACAUUUCUACUCUCACAGAGUAAUUCCAGCACAAAUUUAAGUAGGUAUGACACUUUGCCACUUAACUUUGCCCAUCAGAGUAUGCUUGUAGCUCAUAUUCAUAAAGCCAGGACGGUUUGCCACUUCAUUUUACCUGUUAAAGUAUGCUUGUAGGUCACAUUCA